AUGGGUCAAAUCGCAUCGGCGCCUUGCGGGACUGGCCUCGGGCCCUCCACGGCGUGUAGUGCUGCCACGUGGGAGGACGUGGACGACCUGCAGACGCAGCCCAUUGAUAUCCGGCACUUCCUUCGACGAGCGGAAGACGAGGCCAAGUGCUGGAAAGCAGCCGAUGCCGGACCCGUGCCAGUACAGCCCAUCCGCCUUCUCCCCACUCCACCAGAUCAAUUGACCAAAGCGACGGAACGGGCUUCGUCCAAGUGGAAUAGUAAGCCACAACAUGCGACAGAAGCCAUACCUCCCGUAAUCAUGACCCCGGACGAGGCGUCUGCAGUGUUGCCACGUCUCAUGGACGACCGCUGGGUGUACCCCGUCGUGGCCAUGGUGGGCAGCAAAGACGCGAAAGUCGCCGAAAUGGCGUUGGCGUCGUUGACGAGCAUUCUCGAAUCAGAAUCCAGGCAAGCGAUGGCGCUGCAAGCGCAAUGCAUACCGAAACUCGUCCACGCGUUGACCUAUGCCCACCACCAGCGCGCGGCAUUCGACGCCUGCACGGCGUUGUGCAAUGGCAACCGAGUUGCGACGGUGGAAAUGAUAUCAAAUGGCGUGGUGGACACCGUUUUUGAUGUGUGUAAACUCAAACUGUCCAACGCGGACGACCGAAAAUGCAGCGCGUUGCAAUUGCUCGCUGUGCUCGCCAAACAAUUGGAAGGCAAAACGCUUGUGGCGACACUGGAGAGGGUGACGCUCUUGGUCGACUUUCUCUCGCACACCCAUGCCCCCAUUGCAUUUUACGCCUUGUCGUGCCUAAGCGAGUUGUUCCACUGUGAGUCGGCUCGAAAAGACGCCAUUAGGCUCGGCGUCAUCCCCACGCUGCUGCGAUACCUUCACGCGUCCACCACAUGCAACAAAACCAUCCUCCUGCAAGCUGUGUAUGCACUUUCGAUCCUCGGAACCCACGAGUCGGACGCGUUUCCCAUGGCUGAGUCGGUCAAGGCGAUUUGCCAGGUCAUGGAAAUCCUCAGAGGGGCGCUCAAGCGGUCGCGGCUGGCCAGUCUCGUGUGCAUGUUCGUGACGGGGUUGUCGUGGAAACAUCCGUCGUGCCAGCGUUUCCAGCACGCCCUCCGAGAUAACGCCGCUCCAAACUUGUUUGCCAUCCUCGCGAGUCUGCUCAUCGGGGGGUCGAACGACGUGCUGUGUGCCGCCGCCCUCGCCGUCGGCGCCCUUAGCCACAGAUGUCUCCCCAACGUGCAAGCAUUUGCCAAGCUAGACGUCCACACAAUUCUGGCAAAGAUGCUGCCCCACAAAGAUGACCGUGUUGUGACGUGUGUUGCUAUGGCGCUCACGAGGUUCCUCACUGCGUUCACGCUGCAGGCCAAACACAUGCAUUUACUGUGGGAACCGUGGCAACAAGACGUUGCGCAAGCCAUUUCCACCUGCUCGAGCCCCGAUGGCACCUCACUCGACAUAUUAUACGCCGCCGUGUUGCGAAAAUACCACAAGGAGCAACAGCAACAAUAUCCCCUGGAAGUGGAUCCUCUCGACGUGAAUAAUUAUCAAUCGCCGUUGUUGUCGUCCCCAGCUCUGUCUGCGUCGGCAUUUGAGCUGCAAGCCGCGCUCGAUCUGUUCGUUGUGGAGGGUGAAAAGCGAAGGUGGGCCAACGACGAAGCCGUGGACUGCUUGCUUCAUUGCGUGACCUUGGCCGCGACAGACAUGCAGCUGGAACUGCUGCUCUUCUUUCAAACGUGCACCAACCCAUUGGGCGGGGACAUUGAACCGGUCGAGUUCUGCAACCUCUUUCUCGUCCACGAUGGUUUAUUGCUGUUUCUAUCGCUGCUGGAGUCGCCAACCCUCGCCCCGUCGCAUCUCUGCAGCGUGCUUCACACCCUCAAGCAUCUCACGGUGGCCUACUACACCUCCCCGUGGCCGCAACCACCGUCCGCCGUGGUGGACAUGGUUCAACAUGUCGUUGCGUUGAUUGCCCGAGUGGACAACCUGGAUGUCCAGCGCCUCACCACCAAACUCUUGGACGUGCUCACUGAGACCAAAUGCUGUCAAGUCUACCCCACGUUGACCACUUUGCUGGCCUCGAACCCCCACUCUGUGGCGAACCUGCUGUUUGCCAACUGCCACAGCAUCCAGCACGGUGCAGGUAUCGUCGUGAGCCGCGUCGUGCACCAUAGUCGGGGGCAAUGGACCCCCCUCCCCAGCGCCCUCCUCCAACUCACGGCGUUGCUGCAGAGUCCGUCACACGACGUGACGUAUGCUGCGUCGCACGCAUGGGGAAGCCUUCUCGACCGAAACGACUUGUGCCUUGUGUUUAGCACAUAUCCGGAUGGCGUGCCUGCCUUGCUGGACCUGCUAGAAGCCCCCACUCGCCGUCCCAAGCACCUCGUGGACACGGGACGCACCCUCUACCGCGCCACAAAACACCCCGAGAUUCAGCCAUUGCUAGUUGGCCGGGGGUUAGCGCUUCUGGAGCGUCUGAUGGUGCAUCCAGUUGACGCUGUGGGGCAUUAUGUCAUGCUAACAUUGGGUCUCGUGGGUAAAAACGACGCACUUCGUCCGGCUGUGGUGACACCCACUUUGGUGGCCCAGCUUCGAGCGUUUGUGGCCUCUGGGUCGUUGUUGUUGAAGGGGGAUGACGACGAUCCAAACGUGGCUUCGUUCCAUGAGCCACGGCGAUUGAGCAAUCUCAUGGACGCGCUGUGCUGGAUCGGCGAAGUGGCGGUGGACGCUGCCACACAGCAAGUGUUGCUUCACGCGGGGGUGGUCGAUCAAGUCGCCAACGUGGUUUUAACUAAGGGGCCUAUGUCAGACGUCAAACUGUGCGCGUUGUCCGCCAUGGCGAGUCUGUGCUCCAGCGAUCCCACCACACGCAACCACGUGCUGGGGGAUGCGCUCGUGGACGCCGUCCUUCGGCAUUUGGACACGACAUCGCACAAGGAAGGCGACGACGCCGACGAAGAAAUCGUGCUCAUCUGUCUGAACAUUCUGCUGCAUUUACUUCGAGCCCCCACCGCCCAAGGUAUCAUUGCGAAAAGCCCUCGGAUGGGCAACAUUGUACAGACGCUUCGAUACACGAGCGAUAAGGUGCGGUCGCUCGCCGCCCAAGUGCUGGCGAUGCUGGCACGGCGCCACGACGCUGUCAAGGCCGACAUGUGUCGUAUGGACGUCAACAACAUCCUUCUCAACGUCGUCGUGGCCGAAAGUCACAACGACGACAACGAUGACGAUAGGAAGGAUGUGAUACGCAUCAACGCCGCCAGUCGAGUGCAGCGGCAUGCGUUGCAUGCCAUGGCGGUGCUCUGCGAAGGCACGUCCCCCGCGGCCAAAACCAACAAGCACGAGACGCUCGACUUUCCACUGGCGAUGAACCUAACUGACUUGCUUGAGGUGCCAGGAAGCGACGACGCCGUCGAGUCCACAGCGCUGCUUGGCGCCGUCCUAGCCAAUACCACGUACCACUCGGCUCGCAACCAGCGCUUGCUGCUCCAACGAGGUGUGGAAGCCAAGUGCAUAGCGUUGGUGCAGUAUGUGUUUGCUACGACCAAUACCACCAGUCCAUCGUCGUUUUCCGAAAUGCUAGCCGUCGAAAGCUUGAAAACUCUGACGAAUCUGGCCACCCAUCCAGAGAACCGCAAGGAAAUGGGAACGGAUCAGUCGCUAUACGGCGCGCUACUGAUCGCGCUCCAGUCCGACGUUUCGUCGUUGCAUCGCUUUGCAUCGCUGACCAUGGCACACUUGUGUACUGGCAGUAACGACCCCCACAAGAUCGCCAUGGGCGCAUACGGCGGGCUCCUCCCCGCCUUGGCCGAGCGGUUGAGCUCCAAGGACCCCCAUGUACUGGAAAACGUGUGUUUUGCCACCACCAAGCUCGGCACGCACGGGGGCAACAAGAUUGUGUUUGGAGCCAACUUGAUCUUUGAGCGACUCCUCCCGUUGGUGCUGCACGCCGAAGUGGCGAUUCAAAAGAUGGCCAUGACCGCGAUCGCCAUCUUGAUCGAAGGCAACGACCGCAACAAGGCGUCGUUGGUGGAGUGCAAUGCCAUUCCCAUCCUCUGCAGCCUCUGCAACGACCAUAAUUCCGUUCACGGCCGCAUCCUCGAAGGCGCGCUGCACACGCUGUCGGAGCUCGUGAUUGGUCAAGUCGUCGAAGUGUCCAAGUACAUCAACCCCACUAUGGUCAUCGAUAUGGUGGGCAGUGUCAACUGCAAACUCCAAAAGGCCGCGCUCGUGUUAUUGGCCCACCUGACCAAGGAAUCGUUCAACAAACUUCGCUUUGGGGCCCCCCCGUGCAUUGCCGCACUUGUGACCUGUCUCCAUACGAUGCCGCGAACAGACGACUCGAAUGACGAACGAAGGCGGGACGACCUCGACGACUCGCUCCCCAUCAGCCGAUCGCUGCUCGACUCCGAGGCGGACUUGGCUUUGGUCGAACUGGCCGCGACCUCGCUCGCAAAUUUAAGCUUUGAGGCAACCAACAACACCACCAUUGUCGUGGACGCUGACCCGGACAACCAGCUUAUGGCUCGCCUGGGAGAACUCAUGGAGUCUGCGAUGCAAAUCGCCUACGAUUCUCGCGCGUCGCCGUCCAAAGUGGCCAAGAAACAACAACUCAGUCCGCUCAAGGCCAAACAAGUCAUUGGUUCCCCCAAUCAAGACCAAAGUGCAGACAGUAAAAGCGCGACCAGUGAGCAGCGUGUCGUGGCCCCGCUGCUGGCCAGUCGACCUAUGCAGUGCCAACACAUCCUCGAACAAUGCGCGCUGAUUGUCAACAACUGCGCGCAUGUCAUCCUACGUCACGGCGUCGUGACCGAACCCGUCGUCGCCAUCGUGUGUCGCAUGCUCGCGCAUUCGAGCGACCUCGUAAAAAAGUGUGCGUGUUUCGCCCUGACUACGUGGUGCUCCAAGCAGCCCCAGCACCAGCAGUGGGUGCUAUCGCAGCCCACAGCCGUGCUAAGUACGCUCAUUGGCAUGCUGAAUUCGUCGUCGCAAGGCAUCGUCGAAGCAUCCCUUUGGAUCCUCACUAAACUGUCCAUGUACCAAGACACGUAUGUGAAGAUGGCGGCCAACGACAUUGUCCGGAUUCUGGAACACAUGAUCUUCCGGUACCACACGACGCUGGGGUCGGGGGUGCUGGACCGCGCGAUCCGGCUGCUGGGAAACCUGGGGCUACACGAUGUCGUGCGCAAGACGAUUCGGGGGGAGGUGAUCGUCGCCGGGCCUCUCACCAGCAUUCUGGAGCACCAAAAGGGGACGGACGGUCCGUCGUCCAUGCCCGACACCAAUCCGUCGGCCAAGGCGACGACGGCGACCACCGUCAUCUCGCACGUCAAGAACGUGGCUCGGUUGAUUGGGAUCCUUCUCACGGACGACGCGCUCAAGCUGUUCUUCCCCAAGAAAACCCUCACGGUGCUGCAGACGAUUUACGUUGGCACCAACGCCCCCCCUGUAAAAGUCCGGCGCAACAUCAUCGUGAUCUUUUGGCUCUUGUCGGUCGUGGAGGAACACCGGCCGCUGCUGGCCCAUCCGGACAAAGACGUUGUGGGUCGCUUGGUUAUGGCGCUGGCUCGCGACGAGCACGAGCUUUACGUCCGGGCGAAUGUGCUGGCCAUGCUAGCCAUGUGGAGUCAGCACGACACGAUCUGCCAGACUUUGUACGCCCGAGACAUUGUUGCGAGCGUUCUCAAGUACUUGGUGGUCCCUGACCUCAGCUGCGACACAUUUUGCGCGGUGAUUAUCCACCACUUGUCCAAUUUAAAAGACACUGUCCGGACAAAGUUGGCGGCCGAAGGCACGACCGAGAUCGUCGUGUCGCUGUUGGAACGAUGCGUGAGCAACCCGGCGCCGUUUGACCCGUUCGGGUACCAUUUGGUGGGUAUUUUGGCCAACCUGACAGUGCAGGACGACGUCAAGUCAGUCGUCGUGCACGUCCAUGGCAUCCACACAAUUCUAGCGUUUCUGCGACAGAACAUCAACUACAAGUUCCUUGACGACGCCAAAGGAGGGGAUGUCCUCGACUUAUUUGCCAAAGUGGUAGCGAAUCUAUCGUUUGACGACACUUGCAAACCCGACUUGAUCGACUUGGGGGGGUUGGAGCUCGUGCUUCAAGUGCUAAGCCGACAGUUCGCGAGUCUCGCCGGCGUCGAAAACUACGUCUUGUGUGUAGGAAACCUCAGCACGGUCGCCGACUCGAUUCCAAGGCUCGAAGCCACCAGUGCGAUUCCAAUUCUGUUGGAUUUGUUGGAACUCCAUCAAUCUACAUCCCCUUGGAUUGUCAAGUGUGCAAUCUGGGCCAUCUCCAACAUGACACUGGAUUCUGCAACGAGCAAACAUCAACUCCACGGGUAUCCGGGGGGCUUGGACCUAGUCUUGUCGCUGCUUGUGACGGAAAAGAACAAGCAAACCGACACCAUCAUUGAAUGCGCUUUGUCGUGUCUGAGCAGCAUCGUCAUGGAGGAAGAGAUCGCCUGCAGUCUGGGGAAAUGUUCGGCCAUUGGGCACAUCCUUCGGUUCCUGGAACCCCAUGUGCGCCAGAGUUUGCAGCGCAAGGCUGUGAAAACCAUUGGAUGUCUGGCUUCCUUUGGCCACGCCGUCUACAUCGACGACCUCUCGCGUACCCACACCCACCUCCUCUCGAUCGCUACGGACGCGAACCUCAAAUCCAUCGCGCCCAGCGCCAUCAACGCCCUCCGUCGCAUCUCCCACCUCCGCAACGAAAGCCCCCACGUCCUCUGCGACAACGUGCAAGGCAUUGACGCCCUCCUAAAACUGAUCCAAUCGGACGCCGCCAGCACCGUUCUCGACGCACUGCAUUUGAUUCACCACAUUGCCACGGUCACGGCGCCCAUCUCAUCCAACGCAGAGUACUUUGCCUCCAAGCGGACGUGCACCCAAGCGUCCGAGCUGUUGGUGUCGUCGUCCAAUGUAGAGAUUCAGGAGAGCGCCGUGCGUCUGUGUGUCUACCUCGUCAAGCAGACCAACUUUGAUGGAUGCAGCCAGCAUGCAGAGAACUGGGCGCUCGUGCUAUCGCGGCUGUGUCGGUGGUGGGAACAACACCAAUUCAACUUGUCAUCCCAUGAGUUAUGCCCUAGCUUGCUGGCUGGGUUCGACCAAAUGAUGGCGUUCCCGGUGUUUAUUCGCACGCUGAACGAUGCGAUUUUGACUAAACCGAGUCUGAAAUGUUUGGCUGACCUGUUACCAGCGCUGGUGGCCCAGAAGGACGAGCCAGGAGGCAACACGUUACCUUGUGUACGGUCGCUGGUGCAUUUAGUACAAGACCAUUCGUAUUACAAAGCGCAGUUGCAAGGCGAUUUGCCCGCCCAACUGCUGCAGUUGUUGCUGGUCACCCCAGACGAAGAAACUGCAAUUUUGCUCGUGGUAUUGCGGGGCAUGGAAAUAUACUGCAGCGUUCCCCCUACAGUCUGCGACGUGUUCGUGCAAGUCGUGGGGGCUGUUCGACUGCUCCACUUGCUCUUUGACGUUGAUGUGCAUGUUGUGGCGAAAGCGCUUGCCACGAUCCACCUUUUGGUUCAUGAACCGACGGCUCCAGGGGUUUUUCGGAUGGCGAAUGGUGUCGGGGCGAUGGCUACCAAGCUGAAGCAGGAGAACCUUCCGAAGGACAAUAACGUCAAGUUGCUGCUGUGUCUGGCCGCGCUGUGGGAGGACACACCCGCGACGUGUUGCGCGUUCCACGACAGCCAUGUGAUUUCAGUCGUGAUGGCGAAAACGCUCGAGGUUCACUUUGCAGAGUCUCUCACGCUAUUGCAAGGGCUGUCGACGUCCAUUUCGUUUCACGCGGCGUUGUUCAACCACGCCGCUACCUUCUUGGAGCUGUUGAGCCGUCGGGCGAGCCAUUCAGGCAACGACACGGUGCUGUUGCUGCUGAUCAUGUGCAACAUGUGCUGCUGCGGUCCGUCGUUCGACCACGACGCCACGCGCCACAUCCAGUCGUUUGCCAUGGAAUGGGUGGACAUGAACGUGAUGGGGACGUUGCUUCCCCUUUCCCAAUGGAUGGACGGCGUGCAGCCCCCCCGGCGGUCGGCCAAAGUGUCGCCGCGGUGGGAGACGGAAACCGAAUUGGUCCUGCGGAUGCUCGGCCAAAUCACGCGGGACCCCCACCUGCGACUUGUUUUCCGGGACGGAGUGGACCUGCCGGACCUCCUCUCGUUGCUACGUCCCCAGCUGUCGACCUCGGAGCUGCUUGGGAUGGGGGUGCUACGAGGUGCGGCGCAAGUGCUGGCCAACAUUUCGUUGGAAAAGGACAUUCAAAUCAUGAUCAUCGUCGAAGAUGGCGUGACGUUCUUGGCCAAGUUGCUCAUGCUGCAAAAUCUGCCUCAAGACAAUGACGGGCUCGCGCUUGCAUUGGUGCAGACGGUGCGAAAUUUGUCGCAUGACUCGGAAGUCCAGGCGAUUCUAGGGGCCCACCACACGUUUCCAUACUUUAUCCAACAAAUGCAAGUUCUUGCAGCUAUGUCAGACAUGGCCUUGUCCAGCGGGCUCGAGGUGCUGAGCGUGGAAAUCAUCCACGACAUUGCCACAACACCUCAAUGGGUCGACACCCUAGUGGGCGACCGCUGCCACGACGUCCUCUUGGCGCUGAUCGAUCGCCACGUCGACGAGUGCCAUCACGUGCCCAUCGAGUUGCUCGCCGUGCAAACACUGGUUCAGUUAACCCAGACGUCGGACGUGAAGGCUCUUUGUGCUUCAAAUGCAGUGAUUCGAUUGGCUCAAUUGAUGUCCUCGCACUACUUUCCGACGUUCUCGACCUUGUCCGAGCGAAAAGCGACCGAAUUCGCGGCCCUCUUGACGGCAUUGGCUCGGUGUACUCGAGCGUCGGACACUGCGCGCAGCCAGCUCGCCAAGUCUGAGAAAUUCCUGGCGCAGUUUACGACUUGGUUUGUCCACGAUGCCGUCGAGUUUGUGGACGAAGCGAAUGCCGUCGCCCUCCUGUCCAACAUGACUUUAAACGUAUGUCAAGCGGUGGCUCAGCAGGCUGCCCCGACGUUGCUUACUCGCGUGGCGCAAGUUUGCAUGGAUGUACAAGCAACGCCCGAGGUCCACACAUCGUGUCUGCACUUGUUGGCACAGUGUCUUGGUGGACACGUCGAUGCCGUCGACCAAACCGCGUGGGAGUAUGCGUUCGUGCCGAUGUUCCUCGCAUCCUCCCCACUGGAACACGCCCUUGACCACACGCUUGGUUCUGAGGCUGCCGCCCACGGCCUUGUCGUGCUCCAGGGGUGCUUGAAGUAUGGAGGGUAUUCCAUGACCCCCUUUCCUGUCCCCCUUGCAGUGGUCUUGGCCGUGGUCGCGGCCCUCGGUUCGUCCACAAACCCAAACAUCGCUGUGGAAGUUCUCCAGCAACUGGUCACGUCCACAGCAACUCGUCGGUUAAUUGCCAUGUCAUCUGCGUUUGACUCGUUUGUGACCGUGGUGAGCCGCCACGAUUCUUUACUGGGCCAAAGCCCCGUGCAAUCGGUCGCGCGGCAGCUCGUGGACGACGCCAUAGACAUUCAUGUUCCGCGAGACGAAGCCAUUGUGCCGCUCCUGCUGCACAAGUUCCUGCCAAAGGACACGGUGCAGCUGUCCGUGCUGUCGUUGUUGGGGCAUCUGGCCCUCUUUUCGCCGCAGUGGUGCAGCCUCGUGCUCGCUCAAGUACAGUCGACUGCGCCGGCCAUGGCGCUUCUCUCCAAGCAUGUCGAGUCCAUCCACGCGCGCACGUGCAGUCGCGCCAGCAUCAACGCCACGGCCGUCGUGUCCACCCACGAUAUGCUUCGCGUCUAUUUGUUCGCGAUCACGCUAAAGGAGCUGACGUGGGCCGACGUGUCAACGGCCGUGUGCUUUGUCUCGGACAUCUUGUCGUGGUUCACGUCACAGAAAUCUACUCCUCGUUUUGUCGACAUUUACCCCGUCUUGCUCUACUGCACGUCGUGUCUAUUGAAGCCGACCGCCAAUACAAAUGAUGUCAGCAGAAGUAAACAAAUCAAUGGACAAAGAAGGUCGUCGUCCACUGGCAUCCUCGACGACGAGCCGUGGCAAGUUGAUAUUUUGCGCGAUGUCGUACACAUUCUCACGGUGGCAACAGACAUCCCGAUCCAAGUGUCGGGAUUGAACACGUUGGUGACGAUCAACAAGCUGUGGCAAUCCGACCGGAAACUGUUGCAAUUGGUCGAAGGGUCGCCCACCAAAGCCAUGACGCUUCAGCGCAUUGUGGGUCUUGUGGUUACGACACACACGGCGGCACUGGAAGUUCUCACGCUUAUGGUGACGUCUGGCCACCAAGACCUCGUCGACGAACUCAAAGCUAUAGGGACGAAAGACAAACUCGAGUCGCUCCAAGACAUUCUACAGUCAUCGCAGGACAAGGCUAUGACCACGGCCAUUCUCGACCUUCUCGGGUACAGCAUGGACCUAAGCGAAGCGUUUGUGCUGGACCUACACGCCUUUGCCGACGACAACCUCGUCAACAACCCCGCCGAACGCUCCGCCUUGAUGACCAAACUGAAAGCCACGCUAGACAUGGGCGUCGUAACCGACCACGCCAUCUUGACCGUGGUCGUCCCUGUGCUCGUCGAAACUGCUGCCCGCGACCGCACGUUCGUCAACGAGUGCGUCCAGUGUCUCGGCAAAGUCGCGGGGUUUCCCGCGUUUGCCCAAUGUCCCAUGGCGCCGCCCAUUCUGCUGCGCUUGUACGUGAAUGAGUACUUGACACUUACCCCCGACAAUCAAGACCUUUUGCUCGACAUGCUGUUCAUGUUGCAGUCCCACCAAGGCGACUUUGAUUGGCACGACGACUGGCAUGCGCUGGACAAGCUCCUCGGCCUAGCCGCGUCGGUCCUCGUGUGUCAAGUGUCUGCCGCCGCCCGCAUCAUGACGUUUGUGUGGAGCGCUGUCGCCGGCCACGACGAGCUGCUGCACCUCGUAGCCUCCCAAGCCCACCUGCUCGUACCCCUGUGCGCACCCGUCCUGACUGGCCCCCCGCCGCCCAUGUCGAAGAAGAUCGACCAGUUGGCCAAACCCAACCAAGUCGUCCAUGUUGUCCUCGUUCGCCUAGUGCAUGCGCUGUCGACCUUGUCCACACUCUCACCCGACAUGCUGAAACCCUUGGCCCCCCUCGUAGAGUCGUUGGUGCAUUGUUUGGCCACGUAUCCUUUGCACUCUGUCGCCAAGCAGCAACCCCCGCAGCUGGCGUACUUAAGCGAUAUUGCGUCAAUUGUCCUCCAAUUUGCAACCCACGUCGACGACACGACGUUCUUUCUGGACAAGGCAUUGAAACAGUUGAUGGGCGCUGUAGAGUCGCUACCGCCUUCGCACCUUGGACUGCGAAACCACCUCCUGCAACUCCUCGCGGCACUGACCCAACUCCCCCCCGUCGUUGGCGCCCUGCACCGCCUUCAAGGCCUGGACAGCUUUGUCCGACUGUUUCACUCAUCCACUGCCAAGAUGGACCAGCAAGCUCAUAUCUUGGCCUGCUUGGCCCAGAGCGCAAGGAUCGGGGGGUUGGAGUCCGAAGUGAUCGCUCGGUUGGUGGGCCAUCCGUCGUCAGCGACCGAGUUGUUACAAUGCCUGAAUCGAUCGUCUCGGGAACCGCAGGAACACGCUGCGUAUUUAUUGUCAGCGCUGCUGCUGCUUCGACCCGACUUGGGCGGGACCGCUGGCUGCGUGUCGAUGCUGGUCGAGUGCUUGGAAGCGGUCGACAUCGUCGUGGUUCGAUAUGUUCUGGUCUGCCUCAGCAGCAUUCUUCAUGUGGACGGAACCCAAGAAACACUGCUAAGACAUGCCACCGUGCCCGUGCUGGCCCAGAUUCUGCAAAAAGCCGACGACGUGUGCACCGAGCACGUGUUGCGCGUGUUGGCUAUCUUGUGUUCCAAACACAAAGUGACCGUGUGUCGUCGAGUGGUCGCCGCGAACUUGCUCGGAAUUCUCAUGAGCACAGUGCAACAGCAGGUUGGCCAGCGACGGUCAAAUGUGUUUCACGCGUCGUGGGUGCUGAGUUGCAUUUCCAAAGACAAAGACCUUGUGUUUCGCAUGCACGAAGUGGACUGUGACUUUGUCCUGAAUGUGGUCCAGCAAAUCGACCUAUAUCCACUGCCCACGGUCAACAAACUCCUUCGCUUCGUCGGCAACGUAUGGACGCACGAGUCCGCGGGCCUUCCCGUGGCUGGCAUUGUUCGGAAACUCUUGGGUCUGGUUCCCAUGUCGGAGAAUGCCAAAGUGCAAAAGAAUGGCGGGCGCGUGUUGAGUUUGCUGUUUGUCCUGCCAGAAAUGGAUGCUCUCGAGGAUAUCGUGUUGGCGCUGGCGCAAUAUCUGUUUGACACGUUGCCGUCCAGUCUAGACAAACUGGUUGCUGCGUCGUUGGUGGCCCUUGUGGACGGGUUGCAGCAGCCGGACUCGACCACAGAUCGCUGCAUUCGAAGUCUCGUGGCCGAAGAAGGCGAUCAUUUCCUACACAUGCUUCAUCUGCUUUCGCCGAAUUCGUUCCAUCCAGUCACCAACCGCCUUCUGCUGGCCUUGCAAUUCAUCACCGCGUUGGUCAACUCGAAUGAGAUGGUCCAGCGUCUUGAACCGAUGUUGCUCCCCCCGUUGCUCCACCUCUUGAGCAACGACCCCCUCGAGCAUUUGAACUCUUCAACUAUCAAACAGCUGUUGGGGGUCCUCAGUGGCCUCACGAGAAGCAACGCGUCGUCUCUGGCCAUGAACCCCAUCGUCGUGGGCGCCAUCAAGCGGCUGGUCGGCCUAGCCCAAGAAGACGACUCGUACCACACGGAAGCACUACAUGUGCUCGUCAACUUUGCGUCUGUGUCAGACUUAAGGCAGUCCAUCGUGCUGCACGGCGGACUUGCGGCCCUUCUCCUCGAACUGGAGGACGACAUGGUGGACGCCCAUCUUCAGCUAGCGCUGCUAGGGGUCGCAAACCUCUCGGCCGACGAUUUGGCCAAGCAAACAGUGCAAUUUGCACCGCAUGUACCUCGAUUCCUGGCUUUGUUGUCUGCCCCCAACGCCAACGUUCAAGCAUUGGCCGUGUGGAUUGUCUCCAACAUUUGCGUUAUCGACGCUGUGCGUCGCACCAUCAACGCCGAAAAUGGAGCGACGGUGCUGCAAUCGCUCCUCAACGAAGUAAACAGUCCUGCCGUGACCUCUCGUCCCCUCUCGUCCAGCAAAAGAAUUCGAGAAAUGGCCCCCAAAGCUAUCCAAGAUCUCGGAUUCGCCCCUCUUCACCUUUAACCCCAGUAUUUUAAUAGCUCUCAUAAAUUUUCAGCAACGUUAGAGACGUGUGAUGUCUACUUCGAAUUACUCCGGAGCACUACGUAGUAAGUAGUACUAUGUAUU